AUGCCCACCGGCCGCCCGGGUCCCGCCGCCCCCUCCGCGCGGCCGCCGCCGCUGCUCCUGCUGCUGCUCGGCGUCCUGGGGGCGCCGCGAGCCGGCUCGGGAGCCCACGCGGCUGUGAUCAGCCCCCAGGACCCCACGCUGCUCGUCGGCUCCUCCCUGCGGGCCACGUGCUCGGUGCAUGGCGACCCGCCGGGGACCACGGCCGAGGGGCUGUACUGGACCCUCAACGGGCGCCGGCUGCCCCCUGAGCUGUCCCCAGUGCUCAACGCCUCCACGCUGGGCCUCGCCUUGGCCAGCCUCAACGGCUCCAGGCAGCAGUCGGGGGACAACCUGGUGUGUCACGCCCGCGACGGCACCAUCCUGGCUGGCUCCUGCCUCUAUGUGGGCCUGCCCCCCGAGAAGCCCUUCAACAUCAGCUGCUGGUCCAAGAACAUGAAGGACCUGACGUGCCGCUGGAUGCCGGGGGCGCACGGUGACACCUUCCUGCACACCAACUACUCCCUCAAGUACAAGCUGAGGUGGUACGGCCAGGAGAACACGUGCGAGGAGUACCACACGGAGGGCCCCCACUCCUGCCACAUCCCCAGGGACCUGGCCCUCUUCACGCCCUACGAGAUCUGGGUGGAGGCCACAAACCGCCUGGGCUCGGCCCGCUCCGACGUGCUCACGCUGGACGUCCUGGACGUGGUGACCACCGACCCCCCGCCGGACGUGCACGUGAGCCGCGUCGGGGGCCUGGAGGACCAGCUGAGCGUGCGCUGGGUGUCCCCGCCCGCCCUCAAGGACUUCCUCUUCCAAGCCAAGUACCAGAUCCGCUACCGCGUGGAGGAGAGCGUGGACUGGAAGGUGGUGGACGAUGCCAGCAACCAGACCUCGUGCCGCCUGGCCGGCCUGAAGCCGGGCACCGUCUACUUCGUGCAAGUCCGCUGCAACCCCUUCGGCAUCUACGGGUCCAAGAAGGCGGGCAUCUGGAGCGAGUGGAGCCACCCCACGGCUGCCUCCACACCCCGCAGCGGAAGACGAACAGGCUGAGGCUGGCCUGGCCCAUCCACCAUCUCUCCUGCCUUGGGCAGUUGCCCCGACCCCCUCUGGCCCAUCCCGUGCCCCUGCACCCCGGUCACAGCCCCCAAGGACGAGUGAGCCUGAGACCCCUGCUUCCGAGGCCUGUCAGCUGCUGCAUCUCCCCUGGCCUCAGUUUCCCCUUCUGAUCAAGGUGGGGGGGGUGGGAGUGAUCAGGGCCUGGGUCUCACCCCACGGGAGCGCUUUAAAGACCUUGGAAGGGUCAGCAGGAGGAGGAGGCGGGUUCCUGCCCCCUUCCCUGGUUCUCCCCACGGCUUUGGGAGCUUCCGCUGGCCCCACGAGGCCCCCCGGCGACCCGAGCUCUGGGGGACCAGGAGGAAACUGAGGCCAGAUGGGGUCCAGGGGCAGGGAGGGGCAGCCUGGGCCCCCGCCAGGCCCGCUGCCCCCAUCGCGGGCCCCUCCAGGUCCGGGGCGGGAGGGGCCCCCGCCUUGGCCUCCGCGUGCCCAGCACCUGCGCUUCUUGCACGGGAGCCAGCAGCCCUGCGUCCGCGGGGAGCUCGGGG